AUGGGGAUCCCGAUCUUCGAGACUUGGUGCUUCACGGCGAGAUCAAAUCCGCGAGAUGACCAUUCUCAAAAGUUGGUCUGUAGUAGACCACCCCUUAAAUUAUUUCAAAACAGGCUGUUCCUGUUGCCUGUUGGAGAUGGAGUUGUCUACCAGGCCAUUUAUUUCAAAGCAAGCUGUUGGAGUUUACUAGACCAUUUAUUUGUUAGAAAAGUGUCAGGCUCUGCUGGACCAUUUAUUUCAAAAGUUGUUCUUCCUUGUUGUUCUUGUUGGACUACUCUAGGUGACCAUUUCCGAAAGUUCUGAGAAAGAAGACUUGAGGACCUUUUCCUUAAUGUCAUCAAAAGUUUCAGACGAUGGAAGACACUUGUAGUCUCAACGAUAACGAAGAACCAAGAAAGCGGUGCUACAACUUUAUCAAUCAUCGUCACAAGUACAAUCGAAGAUAAUCGUGACUGGGACCACCGAAUUCAAAAUUUCCUAAGCUUCAUUGUUUCCGUGCUAUCCUC